UGGUUUGUCUUUUGAAUCUAAUUCCGUGACAUAUAUAGUAUCGAAUAAUUAUCGUUUUAGGGGAACAAGUCUUCAUUGUGAUAUACCAAUUUGGACUGCUCAAGCCAUCAUUGAAUAUGCUGCAAGAACAGAAGAAAUUGAUUUUAUCUAUUAUACUGGUGAUACACCACCUCAUAAUGUAUGGAAUCAAUCUCGUGCUGAUCAACUCUAUUCAAUACAUACAAUUAAUAGUUUAGUAGCUAGAACAUUUCCUAAUAAAACAGUUUACGCCGCUGUUGGUAAUCAUGAAGCAGCUCCAUGUAAUCUUUUUCCAACACCCGUUAUUAAAACAGAUAAUAUUUCAUGGUUAUAUGAAGUAUUAGCUGAUAGUUGGAUAAAUACAUUUGGUUUACCUAAUGAUACACGUGAAACAAUUCUUCGUGGUGGUUUCUAUACGACAGUCAUACGUCCUGGUUUACGAAUGAUUUCACUCAAUACGAAUUAUUAUCAUCAUGAUAAUUAUUGGUUAUUUAUUAAUUCAACGGAUCCACUCAAUCAAGUCGAAUGGUUAAUACAAUGGUUACAAUAUGCAGAAAAUCAUGGAGAAAAAGUUCAUAUUAUCGCUCAUCAUCCACCAAAAGAAUGUUUUGCAGCAUUUGGUUGGAAUUUUGAUCGAGUUGUGAAUCGAUUCGAAAAUACGAUUUCUGGACAAUUUUAUGGUCAUACUCAUAAAGAUGAAUUCAAUAUGUGGUAUGAUGAAAAUGAUCAUCAACGACCUAUUUCAAUGGCGUACAUAGCACCAUCAUUAACAACUGAAUCAUUUUUAAAUCCUGGUUAUCGUAUCUAUACACUUGAUGGUGAAUAUCCACAAAGUUCUUAUUGGGUACUUGAUCAUCGUACUGUCAUUAUGAAUUUAACUGCAACCAAUUUAUACAAUCGAACAAUUUUACUAAAUGAAUAUACUGCUCGAGAUGCUUAUCACAUGGACAAUUUAUUUCCUGCCGAUUGGGAUAAUUUUAUUAAAAAACUUGAAAGUGAUAUUGAUGGACCAUUGAUGAGUACAGUUUAUAAACAUUAUACAAAAUCAAUUGCUGAUGGUUCUCAAUGUAGUCAUGCAUGUCGACGAUCACUUAUUUGUGGUUUCAAAACAUCUCGUGAGGAUCAACCACAUGCAUGUGAUUCAAUUCCACCAUUUACUUCAGAAUUAUAA